AAGUUGAAAUCAGCGGCAUAUUCUAUGAUGCGACUUUGACAGAUACGCGGCCCCGCGUAUUUUGGCCGUUGUGUCAAAGCGCACCUACAUAGCGCGGCCGAAGCAAGAAGUAUUGGCGCUGGGAGGCCGAUAGCUUAUCACGUGGUCUCAUAAUUUGUGACGGGUGGAGAGGCGCCCGGUGCUGCAGACCUCCGUCUCUGCCACUGCCAGCGACCUCGUCGAUCCGUCUCUCGUCCACGACCUCCCCUGCUGCCCCAUGGAUCCCUCGAGCAGCUCUAGUCAGGAUCCGACCUCUGUGCUCAGGAAUGCAAGCUUCUCCCGCACAGAAGGGACCACUCCGGCAGACAGCCCGGUCACCGCUGCUGACGUCCUCCUCGGUUCAUACGACCCUACAAAACUGCACCCAUUGGCUGCGAUAGAGGACAAAUUGGACUAUUUGCUACUAGAGGAUGACAAGACAAGCGAUCUCCCGGGCUCGGGCACGGCAAUCCCAUCCAGGGGUUGGAGCGAUGACCUAUGUUAUGGCACCGGGACUAUGUAUCUUUCCGGUCUCGCCUUGGGCGGGGUGUGGGGCUUGCGCGAAGGCGCUGGAAGACCCCUAGCAGUCUCAAACGCGAGGCUGCGUAUAAACAGUGUUCUUAACUCCGUGACCCGGCGCGGGACAUUCAUUGGCAACUCGGCGGGAGUCCUUGCCCUUGUCUACAACGGGAUUAACUCGACAAUCGACUAUGCUCGAGGUCAGCAUGACACAGCUGGCAGCAUGGCGGCCGGCGCGCUGACAGGGGCCCUGUAUAAGGCAACGGCUGGUGUCCGGCCUGCCCUAGCAGCUGCGACCCUUGUCUCAUCAUUUGCGGGCCUUUGGAGUUACAUCAAGCGUAGCGUUUGAUUUCUAGUACUUACACGUCUAAUAUACCUAAUUCUCGCCCGCUCGAGCAGCACAGUUCAUCCCUGACGUACGGUCGAUCCGGCG